GCAGCCCUCGUUUUGGGAUGUUUACGUUUCGAGCACCAACUCUCCUCAGUUUGACCUUAACAAGCACAACGGCAUCUCCAACUUACCCUAAGACGCGUCCACAUUGCAGCGCCUGUAACAACACCAACAAGAUGCCAAUUCAAGCGAAAAUCGGUCCGUCUAUAUUAAACGCAGAUUUGGCCAAUUUAGCAGCCGAGUCACAGAAAUUGCUAGACAAUGGUGCAGACUAUUUGCAUCUGGAUGUUAUGGACGGUGAGUUUGUGCCAAAUCUCACCUUUGGCCAUCCCAUGGUAAAAUGUUUGCGUAACCAUAUCAAGGAGGCAUUCUUUGAGACACACAUGAUGGUUCAGAAUCCAGAGCAAUGGAUAACGCCAAUGGCAGAUGCGGGCGUUAAUCUUUAUACAUUUCAUGUGGAGCCCGUCAAGGACGUGUGCAAUGUUACACGACAAAUACAGGAGGCCGGCAUGAAAGUGGGCCUGGCCAUCAAACCAGGUACUCCGGUAAAUGUUAUUGAGAAAUAUAUAGAUGUAGCAGAUCUAGUGCUGGUCAUGACGGUGGAGCCAGGCUUUGGUGGCCAAUCCUUCAUGGGCGACAUGAUGCCCAAAGUAGAAUGGCUGCGCACUAACUAUCCCAAUCUGGACAUCGAAGUGGAUGGCGGCGUCGGACCAAAGACCAUCGAUUGCUGUGCCAAAGCCGGUGCUAAUUGGAUUGUAUCCGGCACAGCUGUAGUCGGUGCUGCCGAUCAGCGUGAGGUCAUAAGCGAGUUGCGGAACGUGGUGAAAGGUUACCUCAACUGAAGCUAAAAUGCAUUUAGCCAAAUAGAAUUUGUAACUUAAGUACAACAUGAGUCUACACUUAACAAAGUCAAAUUUCCAAAUUUCCAGUUGUAAAAGACACAGAAAAUGUAUAACAUUUAUAAACGUUUUAAUGAACUGUUAAGCCAAACGAAUAUAUAUAUUAUGUUUUUA